AUGUCCAUGCUGCCGUCGUUCGGCUUCACGCAGGAGCAGGUGGCGUGCGUGUGCGAGGUGCUGCAGCAGGGCGGCAACCUGGAGCGCCUGGGCCGCUUCCUCUGGUCGCUGCCCGCCUGCGACCACCUGCACAAGAACGAGAGCGUGCUCAAGGCCAAGGCGGUGGUGGCCUUCCACCGCGGCAACUUCCGCGAGCUCUACAAGAUCCUGGAGAGCCACCAGUUCUCGGCGCACAACCACCCGAAGCUGCAGCAGCUGUGGCUCAAGGCGCACUACGUGGAGGCCGAGAAGCUGCGCGGCCGGCCGCUGGGCGCCGUGGGCAAGUACCGCGUGCGCCGCAAGUUCCCGCUGCCGCGCACCAUCUGGGACGGCGAGGAGACCAGCUACUGCUUCAAGGAGAAGUCGCGGGGCGUGCUGCGCGAGUGGUACGCGCACAACCCCUACCCGUCGCCCCGCGAGAAGCGCGAGCUGGCCGAGGCCACCGGCCUCACCACCACGCAGGUCAGCAACUGGUUCAAGAACCGCCGCCAGCGCGACCGCGCCGCCGAGGCCAAGGAGAGGGAGAACACCGAAAACAAUAACUCCUCCAACAAGCAGAAUCAACUCUCUCCUCUGGAAGGGGGCAAGCCGCUCAUGUCCAGCUCGGAAGAAGAAUUCUCGCCUCCCCAAAGUCCAGACCAGAACUCCGUCCUCCUCCUGCAAGGCAAUUUGGGCCACACCAGGAGCUCAAACUAUUCUCUCCCGGGCUUAACAGCCUCCCAGCCCAACCACGGCCUGCAAGCCCACCAACAUCAGCUCCAGGACUCCCUGCUUGGCCCCCUCACCUCCAGUUUGGUGGACUUGGGGUCUUAG